AUGGAGACACAAACGGCUUUCACCAAAAAAUGCGAGGACUAUGCAGAAAGGCACGGCAUUAGAGAUCUUAUGCGGUCCCUUGCACGGCUGCUGGUGAUACAGCAGCCAGACGAUCCUCUACAGUGCCUCAUCGAUCACCUGAAGCAGCAGCAGCAGCUCGAAAGCCAGGAGGCACAGCAGCAACAGCCGCACCAAAAAGAAGAGGCGCCUUUUCGGCUGGUAAUGCUGGGCCUGCCGGGCAGCGGGCGGCGGGAGUUAUCUCGACGGUUGGCGGACAUGUGCGACUUACCCCUUGUCUCUGCGGGAGACCUCUUGAGGUUGCACGCAGAAAAGUUCCCCAAUGGAGAAGCUGCGCUGGCACUUACUUCUAAGACCCUCGCGCGAGAUGAGCUAGUGAUUGACCUAAUUACGAAGCGACUAGAGCAACAGCAACUGGAGCACGCAGCCCACAGCAGCUGGAUUCUGGAUGGCUUUCCGCGGACCCGCACACAAGCUGUAGCACUGUUGCAGCUACGACUGUUCCCCGAACGGUGCUGCUUAUUGCUACCUGGAGAGCAGAGAGCCAAAGCUGCUGUGCGUGCUGCCGCUGCCGCCGCAGCAGCAGCACGCACAGAGUCAGCCCGAAGCAUGGAAGGGCCACAAUUUUUUAUUAGCACUACUCCAGAAUCAGAGAGGCGAGCGCGGCUUCAGUUGACAAGAGAGGCAGAUGAGCGUCUGCAGAGCGCAUAUGCCCAUGCAGAGCGAGUACUAGAAGUUUUAGGGCCUCUUGCAGAGACUGUCCCCGCCGACAGCAGUCAAGAGUUGGUGCUCGACAUACUCAAGGCGCGAUGCGGCAUUGAAGGGGACUCUUGGAUUCGACGGCUGCCCCCAAAGCUCUGUAUCCUUGGAUGCUCUGGAAGCGGCAAGUCCACGCAGAGCCGCCUCAUUUCCAACCGUUUUGGAGUGGUGCAUGUAGACGUCCGCAAAUUGCUGCUGCAGCGAGCCCAUGAGGAUGAGGCAUGCAGACAGGCUCUAAUGGAACUCGAGGCCGGACUAGAGUCUUCUUUCGAGCCAAUGUUGGGCCAACUAGUGGCUGACAGAUUAGAGGCUGCAGACUGCGCACGGCGUGGCUGGGUGCUGGAGGGCUUCCCUGAGACAGCGCAGCAGGUGGACUUGCUGAGGCAGCAUCGCAUAGCACCGGAUGGCAUUGUUUUCCUAGAGGUCCCUGAGUCAUCAUACACGGCUAACGUAGAUUCCUGCGGUGGAGCAAACGAGGCUAGGAAGGACGCAGCGCGGCUAGUUGAAAUGCGUCUAGCACAGAUAAAGCGGUGGAUCCCCUUCGUUCAACAAGCCUUCCCUGACAAAUUUACAACUAUUUGGAAGGUAUGGAUUAUCUGGCAUAAGACAAACUGUAAACCGUUGCAUACACUCAAGGCCCUGGGAAUGUUUUAUAGCGAUCAACUUAACAAUGUUGCAGACGUAGAAAAGGCCACAUACGAAGGGCCCCCCUUCUCCUUGGGUCCUCCGUGCAGGAGCCUCUCUGCAGGGGUUCCACUCCGCCAGUCACAGCUACUGUCUGCGCAUCCCAACGCUAGCACUCUCACCUGCACCAGUAGCACCAACAACGGUGCCGCCGGCAGCGCGUUCCUUCAUCGUACAUCACCCUCGGCAGCAGCAGCCGUCCCCGCGGCCAGUUCGGAAGGAGAAGAUGCAGCAGCUACAGCAGCAUCCAAGGUGGACGUGGCUUUAGUGAAGAAACUACGGCAGCUAACGGCUGCCGGCUACGGCAGUUGUCUCAAGGCGUUGCAACAUAGCAACGGGGAUCUGCCAAUGGCAGUUAAGUGGCUGCGGCACCAGGGCGCAGCAGACGCAGCAGCAGCAGUAGCAGCAGCGACCGCUGCAGCUAGUAGCGUCAGGCCUGGUGACGACACGCAAAAGGAAGGCGUUAUCGCCCUGUGCCGAAUUGAAACCAAACUCACACCUGCCCCGGAAGGAGGUGCACUAGACACGUCAGCAAGCAUCGAACGGAUCGCUGCCGUUCAUGUGGCCUGCAGGACCGACUUUGUCAGCCGUAGUGAGGUUUUUACUGCAGCGGCGAGCCGGACAGCCGCUGCGGCAUGCAUGUCUGCCUGCUUCGCGAAGGAGGCAGCAGCAGCUGCUGGUGUACCUGGUGCAGGUACAAGAACAUCACAGCAACAAAAGCUGCUGCAGCAGCUCUUGUCUCUCCCUACUGGCUAUUCGUUCCCAGCGGGUGUGCCGAGCGACGCGGAAGGGGAAGCAGCUGCAACUGUUGGGGCGGACUUGGCGUAUACAUCUCGCCUGGUGGGGGAGACAGUAGUGGUGAAGCGAGUCGCCAUGCGUGAGGCCCUCAGGGGGUCAGGGAUUGUGGCUUUUUAUUGCCAUCAACCUGUUGCAGCUAAUGUCGCCCCACUUGCCGUGCUGCUGCACCUCUCCUACUCCAGGCAGGAGAAGCAACAGGAGGACCAAGCAGAGUUUGAGGGCCACCUACGGCGAUUUGGGAAGCAACUGUGCAUGCAAAUAGCUGCAGCAAAACCACUCGCUGUUAGAGUUGAAGAUCUUCCGCCAGCCAUAGUGGCGCAGGAGCAGCAGUAUGCCCUUUCUAGCCUUUCCAGUAAAGGUGGGAGUAACGCCAAGUGCUUAACAGAUGCAUUUAAACAGAAAAUCGUGGAGGGGAAAAUGAACAAGUGGCAUAAGGAGGUAGUCCUCCUCAAGCAGCCAUGGGCUUUGGACGAUAGUGGCCGAUCCACUGAAAAGGUACUGAAAGACACGGAGCAGCUGCUCAAAAUAAAAGUGAGCAUUGAUGGAUUCGAUCUUCUGGAAGUUGCCAGCGGGUCGUGA